GCGGACGCGCGGAGGAGAGACUAGGAGGCGUCCAGGGAGGCCUUGGGGGUCCUGGUCGAGCUUCCCGAGCCCGCGAACCUGAGAGGCGCCAUGGGACGGAUCACGGAAGACCUUAUUAGACGGAAUGCCGAGCACAAUGACGGUAUAAUUUGUUCCCUGGAGGAGCUCUCCUUGCAUCAGCAAGAAAUAGAAAGACUAGAACAUAUUGACAAGUGGUGCCGGGAUUUAAAAAUCCUCUAUCUUCAAAAUAAUCUCAUUGGAAAAAUUGAAAAUGUUAGCAAACUCAAGAAACUUGAAUAUUUGAAUUUAGCUUUAAACAACAUUGAAAAAAUUGAAAAUUUGGAAGGAUGUGAAGGGCUGACAAAGCUUGACUUGACGGUAAAUUUCAUUGGAGAGCUGAGCAGCGUGAAAGCCCUUCAACACAACAUCCACCUGAAGGAGCUCUUCCUCAUGGGAAACCCCUGCGCUGACUUUGACGGCUACAGACAGUUCGUGGUGGCAACUCUUCAACAGCUAAAGUGGUUGGAUGGUAAAGAAAUUGAGCGUUCAGAAAGGAUUCAGGCAUUACAGGACUUUCCAGAAGUUGAACAACAAAUCAGAGAGCAGGAGAAAGCUUACUGCCUCAAACGAGCCAAGGACAAGGAAGAGGCUCAGAGGAAACUGCAGGAGGAGGAAAAUGAAGGCCAGCGGGAGGGAAGGCACACAGGCUUUGAUGGACGUUGGUACACAGACAUCAUUGCUACUCUCCCAUCUUCUGAAGAGAGCAAAGACGACGUCCAGGCACCAGAAAUACAAGAAGGAGAAUGUAAGAAAAAGAAAUUAGACAACGUUGAAGAUGACCUGGAAUUCUGGAAUAAGCCCUCUUUGUAUACUCCUGAAUCUAGAUUGGAAACUCUGAGACAUAUGGAAAAACAACGGAAAGACCAGGAAAAAUUAAGUGAGAAAAAGAAGAAAGUGAAACCACCCAGGGUGCUGAUCUCUGAGAAUGGGAGAGCCCUGAAUGUAAAUGAGCCCAAGCUUGACUUCUCUUUGAGAGAUGAUGAAAAGCGUAACCAGAUCGUCCUGGACCUGGCUGUAUAUAGGUAUAUGGACACCUCUUUAAUCGACGUUGAUGUACAGCCGACUUACGUGCGAGUGAUGGUCAAGGGAAAGCCAUUUCAGCUUGUCCUUCCUGCAGAAGUCAAACCUGAUAGCAGCUCGGCUAAAAGAGCUCAGACAACAGGGCAUCUGGUGGUCUACAUGCCCAAGGUGGGCGAAAUAAUCACAGGCUGUCAAGGAACAUCAAAGCCAGUGAAAAGCACGCCGGGCAGCAGCAGGGAGCAGACACACAAAAGAAGCCAGCAAAUGGAGAGACUAGAAGUAGAUCCCGGCAAGCGUGCCUUCCCUGAUGUGGCUAACAUAGUUCAAGAGAAAAAACACACGCCCAGAAGAGUUCAAGCUGAGCCCCAAAUUAUACCGAGCGAGGAAGAUCCAGACUUUGAAGAUAAUCCCGAAGUGCCUCCGUUGAUUUGAAAACUUGAGGCUGCGCUGUCUGUGACCCGCCAGACCCAGAUCUGCUCAGUGCAGAGAGCGCGUGUGUGUUAUUUCCGGGGUAAACACAGUUAUUUUCAA